AUGUCGGAUCUUACUCAAACUGAUGCUUGGAAGGCUCUUGCCACCCACUAUGCUGGAAUCAAGGACACACACAUGAAGGAACUCUUUGCCAAAGAUUCCGACCGUUUCAACAAAUUCUCCACCGAGUUUGAAGAUAUUCUACUCGACUUUUCCAAGAAUCGCAUCACGGAAGAAACCAUGGAUUUGUUGUACAAGCUUGCCGAGCAACAAGAUGUCAAGGGAUUGGCCAAGAAGAUGUUUUCCGGUGAAAAGAUCAACAACACGGAAGGACGUGCCGUUCUUCACGUCGCCUUGAGAAACCAAUCCAACACUCCCAUCAUGGUCGACGGCAAAGACGUCAUGCCUGAUGUCAAUGACACUUUGGCUCGCAUCAAGGCCUUUACUGAAAAGGUCCGCGGUGGAGAAUGGAAGGGUGCCACUGGAAAGAGCAUCACUGCCAUUGUCAAUAUUGGAAUUGGCGGAUCCGAUCUUGGACCCGUCAUGGUCUGUGAGGCCUUGAAGCCUUACUCCAAGCGUGACCUGGAGAUGCAUUUUUGCUCCAAUGUCGAUGGAACCCAUAUUGCCGAAAUCCUCAAGAAAUGUGACCCUGAAACCACUCUCUUCUUGAUUGCCUCCAAGACUUUUACAACUCAAGAAACCAUGACCAACGCUGGAACUGCCAAGAAGUGGGUCUUGGAUGCCUUCAAGGGUGAUGCUUCUGCCAUUGCCAAGCACUUUGCUGCUUUGUCUACCAACGCCAAGUCUGUUUCUGAAUUCGGUAUCGACACCAACAACAUGUUUGGAUUCUGGGAUUGGGUCGGAGGUCGUUAUUCUUUGUGGUCGGCAAUCGGUACCCCCAUUGCUCUCUCCAUUGGCUUUGACAACUGGAUGGAAAUGCACGCUGGUGCUCACGCCAUGGAUCAACACUUUUUGACCGCGGAACCAAAGGAUAACGUGCCAUUGACCUUGGCUUUGAUUGGACUUUGGUACAAUAACUUUUUCGAAGCCGAAACCUUGGCCAUUUUGCCAUAUGAUCAAUACAUGAACCGAUUCGCCGCCUACUUCCAACAAGGAGAUAUGGAAUCCAACGGAAAGUACGUCAACCGAGAGAGUGCCAAGAUCAGCUACCAAACUGGACCCAUCAUUUGGGGAGAACCAGGAACCAACGGACAACACGCAUUCUACCAAUUGAUCCACCAAGGUACCAAACUGAUCCCAUGUGAUUUCUUGGCACCCGUCGACUCCCACAAUGUCUUGCCAAAGGAUAUCUCGGCACCUGUUGAUCACCACCCAAUCCUUCUUUCCAACUUUUUUGCACAAACUGAAGCCAUGGCCUUUGGUAAGGACGCUGCUACCGUCAAGGCUGAAUUGGAAAAGGCUGGCAAUGAUGCUGCCACCGUUGAGACAUUGGUCCCGCACAAGGUUUUUGAGGGUAACCGACCAUCCAACUCCUUCAUGUUCAAGAAGAUGACUCCUCGUGUCUUGGGAUCCUUGAUUGCCAUGUACGAAAUGAAGAUUUUUGCCCAAGGUGCCAUCUGGAAUAUCAACAGUUUCGAUCAAUGGGGUGUUGAACUUGGAAAGCAAUUGGCCAAGGCCAUUCUCCCUGAACUUACUGGCGCUGGUGAUGUCACGACUCACGACAGUUCUACCAACGGACUUAUCAACUACUACAAGAAGCAAAGAAGUGUAUAA